UCAAUAAUAGUUAUUUUUAUUUACAAGUUGUUACAAUUACGUUCAAUAAUAUCAUAUAUUCUUUCUUCAAUAUUUAAUAUUAUUAGUUUGUUCGUCGUUUGAAAUAGUUGUAUCAAAUGCUAUGAUUCAGUUUAUAUCGUCACUUUGUUAAAUCAAAGUAUGUUGCAUCCCGUGCGAAACUUUUUAGGGUUAUGUCGGGAACGAUUAAUAAUUUUACAUUGUAAACGGAGAAAAAUUGCAACGAACAACAGAGAAAUAUCUACUAAUAUUAAAGAUUUUAAGUUAUUAUUUCAAGAAUAUAAGGAUAAAAUAGUAUUUAGUUCGUAUUUAGAUCAAGAAAAACUUAAGCUUGGUCACCAUAGAUAUUUCAUUAAGAGUACUUUGAAAGCAAAAAAAGAACGAAAAAGGCUUUUUAAUGAGCAGAGUCUAUCCCCCUUACCGGUUUACUUGAAAUAUACUAAUACAGAAGAAACAUCACUACAAGAGAAUGGUUCGAAGAUCAAUGAAAGAAACAGUGAGGAUAAAACUAUAUUUCAGUUACCAUACAGCACUGUCGCGUCCGUGAACAUUAUCGAAAAUGAUAAAAAUACACCGGAAACUAAAUUUAACUUAAAUACAGUGAAAGAAUUAGAGAAUGAGUUUGAUAGCUCGAAUAUCGAGAAAUGGAUGACAAACUAUGAGUACUUUGAUGAUACACGGCUCAAGGAGGAACUUGAUGAGGAAGAAGACAAUGAUUGGAUUAAAUUGUAUGGAACAUCAGAUCCACACAGCACCAUCAGCAAUGUGCCAUGUGGAGGCUGCGGAGCACUGCUGCAUUGCAAUGACCCGGCUAUACCAGGCUAUUUGCCUAGUGAAAUUUUUAAAGGCAGAAGUAGUAUAGAACUGAGAACAAUAGAAUGCCAGAGAUGUCAUUUCCUUAAGGAACACAACAUUGCUCUAGAUGUUACAGUACAACCCGAGGAGUACGAGAGGCUUUUGCAGUCUAUAAGACAUGUUAAGUCAUUGGUACUGCUUAUGGUGGAUCUGCUUGACUUCCCAUGCUCGAUAUGGCCUGGUAUUGUGGACAUCAUUGGCAUUGACAGACCUAUAUUUAUAGUAGCUAAUAAGGUUGACUUAAUACCUGCUGAUAGCAUUGGAUACUUAAAGCGAGUGAAAGAAUCAUUAAUGGCAGAAAUCAAUAAGACCAGACUAAGAGAUGCCAAGAUCAGAUAUGUGGGAUUAAUUUCAGCAAAAACUGGAUAUGGUGUUGAGGAUUUGAUAACAGCAAUGUUUAGAAUGUGGCUCUACAAAGGAGAUGUAUUCCUUGUGGGUUGUACCAAUGUGGGGAAGAGUUCACUAUUUAACGCAUUACUGCAGUCUGACUAUUGCAAAGUGCAUGCAGUAGAUAUUGUCAAACGAGCCACUGUCAGCCGAUGGCCUGGAACCACAUUAAAUCUAUUAAAAUUUCCUAUCAACAGACCUUCCGCAUCGAAAUUAAAAGAGCGAAAUCAGAGACUGAAAUCACAAGCCCAUUUAUUGAAAUAUGAGGAACAAAUAAGAAAUGCACAAGCACAAGAGAAUAGCCAUUCAGAACCACUGUCUUUAAUGAGUCACAUUGGUAGGACAUUUGCAGAUUAUGAAUACCUACAAGAGAAUAUAUUAGAAAAGAAACAGCCACUUUCUGUUCUAGAUGAUAAACAUGAAUUGUUUGCUAAGAGCAAGUGGUUCUAUGACACUCCGGGAGUUAUUCAUCCCGAACAAGUUCUACCAUUUUUGAGCACUGAGGAAUUGUUGUUGACUGUACCUAAGAAACUUAUUAUGCCACAGACAUAUUACUUACAAAAUGGCCAGUCGUUUUUCAUUGGAGGAUUGGCCAGAGUAGAUCUUGUAGAAUGUUCAGCGCCAUGUCGUUUCAGCAUAUUCUGCUCAGAGUGCUUACCAAUUACUGUUGUCGAGUCUGAAGAUGCUGAUGUAGUUUAUGAUAAAUUUGUUGGAACGGAACUAUUUGCAGUGCCCAUAGGGGACUCAGAGAGACUGAACAAUUGGCCAGGCUUAAGCCACAAACAAGACUUGUUAGAGUUUACUGGUGAGGGUCCACAUCAGUGCUGUGGUGAUAUAGUAUUAUCUUCCAUAGCAUGGGUAUCUGUGACGGCCAAGCCAGAGACUGUGUGUAAAGUGAGAGUUUGGACUCCAAUGGCGCGGGGAAUCCACAAGAGAUACCCAUCACUGCUACCAUUUGCUAAUGCACUGCGAGGAAAACGCGUACGUGAUACACCCGCUUAUAGGAUUGGUAAAGCCAUAGUUGGCGAAUAGAAAAUAAUUAAAUUUUCUGAUCCUAUCUUA